UUUUUUAGUUAUGUAAUUCAUUAUUUUGACCACCCAAACGUUUAAUCAAUUUUCUAAAACAAGAAAAUAAACGCUAUGGCUAUGUUUCCACAAUUUUUUACACAUCCAUCUUUAUAUCAGAAUUUUUUUCGUGCAACUUCAUCAGCAAAUAAUAAUAAUAAUAAUAAUUCUUCAUCACCAACAACAUCAUCAUCAUCUUCAUCAGCAUCUUCAGCAGCGGCUGCAACAGCAGCCAGUCUAAGUUUAUCAUCACAACUUGCAUUGUUAAGCAAUUCUGGUGCAUUUGGAUCAAAUGCAUUCAAUACAACAGCAUCAGCUGCUGCGGCUGCACAUCUAUUGUCAAAUGCUGCGGCUGCUGCUGCCGCAUCACAUAAUUCACAAUUCUUUGUUGAAAAUUUAAUUCGUGAUAGAGCGGCAGCAGCGGCUGCUGCUGCAGCUGCUGCCGUUGCAGCAGUAUCAAAUAAUUGUUCAUCACCGCCAAAUCCAAAUGUUCACAAUCAACAUCAUCCACCACCUAAUCAUCAUCAUCAUCUUCAUUCACAUCAUCAUAGAAAUUUAUUUGGUUUACGGUCAAAUGAUUUAAAUCAUCAUCAUCAUCGGUUAUUGUUAGCAAAUAAUAAUAAACAUCAAUCAUCACAAUCAAGUAAUGAAUAUUCUCCUACAACGGGUAAAUCAUUUAUAAAUGAUGAAAUCAAUGAUGAUUGUGAUGAUUUAGAAUGUUGUGGUGGUGGUGGUGAUUAUCAUUCAGAUCAUUCUAAUCGUUCAUCACCAUUGAUUGGUAUCAGCCCUGCAUCAAAUAAUAAUAAUAAUAAUUCUUCAAAACAAUUAAAAUUCGGCGUUAAUGCUAUACUUGCUUCAGAUGGUAAAUCAUCAUCGACAAUCCCAUCAUCAUCAUCGUCAACAACAACAACAACAGCAACAACAACAACAACAAUUUCAUCACCAUCAACAACAUCAGCAUUAUCAUUGGAAAUAAAACAUCAUAAUAAAGAUAUUAGUACAAAUAAUAAAGAUCGAAAUGGAUCAAAAUCCAAUGUUCAAUCAUACUAUGCAAAUGGCCUAAAUAAAUCAUCAUCAUCACCAACAACAGUUUUAUUAGCAAACAAUUUAGCCACUUCACACCGUCCUUUAAUUGAUUUUCAUAAUUUUUUUUCAUCACGAUCAUCAUAUUUAGUUGGUUCAAAUACUAAUGCUGGUGGUGGUGGUGGUGGAUCAUCAUCAUCAAGCACGUCGUCAUCAAAUGUGACAAGUACUGCACAACAACAGCCGCCUCCAUCAUCCGUAUUGAAUACGGUUGCAGUGAAUUCAUCAAGCAAUGCCAAUCAUCAUCAUCAUCAUCAUAAUCACCAUCAACAACAACAACAUCAACAUCAUCAUCAUCAAACAUCGGCACAAAAUAUUCUUGCAACAGCCGUACCAUUAUCAUCCUCAUCAACAUCAUCAAUUACAACAGCAGCAGCAGCAGCAGCAUCAGUAAGCAAUCCAUCAUCAGUAGGUUUACGGCCAUUGGCAAGCUUAUCAUUUGCUGCCGGUUUUCCAUGGGCAACCCGAGGUAAACCACGAAGAGGAAUGAUGCGUCGUGCUGUAUUUUCCGAUGCUCAACGACAAGGUCUAGAGAAACGUUUUCAAAUGCAAAAAUAUAUUAGUAAACCGGAUAGGAAAAAAUUGGCCGAAAAACUUGGUUUAAAAGAUUCACAAGUCAAAAUAUGGUUCCAAAAUCGUCGUAUGAAAUGGAGAAAUUCUAAAGAACGAGAACUUUUAUCCAAUGGUGGUACUAGAGAACAAACAUUGCCAACAAAAAAUAAUCCAAAUCCAGAUCUCAGUGAUCCAAUAUGUACAAAAUCCGGAUCAUCCGUUUAUGGUCGUGUCGGUUUGUAUACGAAUACAACAACAAAUUCAACAUUACAUACAAAAAGUAGUAAAUCAACAAUAAUAUCAUCAUCAUCAUCAACAACUAACCAUAAUGGUACAACAAAUAAUAAUAAGAAUUCUUCAUCGCUCAAAUCAUCUGCAUUCAAAUCAUCAUCAUCAUCAUCAUUGUCAACGAUAACAACGACAAAUACAAAUUCAUUCUGUGAUAAUAUCAUUAAUAAUAAUAAAAAAAGUCAUAAUUUGUAUUAUAAUAUAGAAAAUUAUACAAAUAAAUCUAAAUUAUUGGCUAUCAAUAAUAAUUUAAAUGAACAUAGAAAAUCGAUUAUGAACAUCGUUGAUGAUCAACAUACAAAUUCCGGUACAGAAGAUUCUGAACAUGAUGAUAAUGAAAAUGAUGAUGAAAAAUUAAGCAAUUUUGAUGAUAAUGAUAAUAUUGAAUUAGAUAUGGAUGAUGAUGAUGAUGAUGAAAUAGAUUAUCAAAGUGAUGGUGAUCAUCAUCAUCAAAAUGAACAUGAUACCAACAAUGAAAAUGAUGACAACGAUGAUGACGAUGAUGAAGAUACCGAAAUCAAAGUUGAAGAUGAUUGAUCAAUAGAGCUUUCAAGCAUAACUACUAAUAACCGGAUGUAUUAUUUAACCGUACCGGGACAUCAACUCAACACACACACACACACUUACACAAAAACAAUUAUAUAAUUUGAUCAUCUAGUGAUCUCUUCAUCAUCAUCAUAUUUUUUGUUUCUUCUUUUAUCAUUCUUUUUUUCUCC